GGUGCGGUUCGCUGGCGUUUCGAAAGCGGUUUACAAGCGGUUAACAGGCCGACGCGUUUUUCGCGCGUUUCCUUGCCAGCGGAAAAAGCAAGUGUUUGUGUGUGUGUGGUGUGUGUGUGCGUGAGUGUCAGUGUUAAUGUGAGUUUUUAAAACAACAUGUGCCAUUGGGAAAUGUCGCCUAAUAUAUAUGCACAAAUUAUAAAUAAAUAUAUUUAUUGAUACAAAUGAUUAGCAAAUAAACAGCUUAAAGGAGUCAACAAUCAAAAAAAAGUUUGCUUUCUCCAUUUCCGCACGGAAGGAAGGAAGUCGGCAACAAGUGUUGGGCACCCAGAAGCAUAAAUUGGCAGGACCUUUUGGAAGAAGGGGGCGAGGCAAUCAGGACACGCAGCUGGCGGCUGUAGGAGGUAGUGCCACCCCUUUUCCGCCCUUUCCGCCCCCCGAUUUCCGCCAUGUUAAAUCGCAAUGCGGAAUCUGCGAAGACGGAAAACGGCAAUGCAAAUGCAACGAAUCUGAUUGUUAAGGCCAGCGGAAAUGCAGCUCAGCCCAAGACGAUGACGUCAUCGGCGGCCAAAAUGACAGAGGCUCUGUCGGCCUCGCUGGCCGAUUUGAGCGAGCAGGAAAAUGGAACCACGGCUGAGGACAUCCACCUAAACGAUUUAUACACCCGCUACCGCCAGAGACUCCGCAAGUCGCUCUUCAGAUCGGGACUGCUUACUUCGCUGCUGGCAUGUGUUGUGUCCAUAAUAAUUGGCAUCAUCUACGACCAGCACCUGGGACAGACUCUGCUGCUGGCACUGGCGGCCAUAAUCUCGGGAUCCAUCCUGACGGCUCUGCAAUUUCCGGCCGUGCUGAGCUCCCCGGCCGCAGCCUUGGCCUUCGCCAUCGUCACCACCUUCUCGCUGGGCACAAUUGCAGCCAUCACCGGGGAUAAGCUGGCCCCCCUGCCCAUGUACGCCCUCUUCCUGUGCAUCCACUCCAUGCUGCCCAUUUCGUGGCCCGUUUCCGUGGUGCUGGCCCUGUUCAUGACCGCCAUUCACAUCGCUUACCGCAUCGGCGAGAAUCCCAAUUUGCCAAUGCUAUUUGGGGAGAUUGUGAUGCUGGCCAGCGCCUCCAUUUCCGGGCUCUACUACCGCAUCAUGUCGGAUGCGGCACACAACCGGACCGUCGACGGAACCCGCACGGGAAUCGAGCAGCGCGUGAAGCUCGAGUGCGAAAGGGAGCAGCAGGAGCAGCUCCUCCUCAGCGUCAUUCCCGCCUACAUUGCCGCCGAGGUGAAGCGCAGCAUCAUGCUGAAGAUGGCCGAUGCCUGUCAGCGAGCUGGAGGACAGGCGUCCACUUCGGCCACGCGAUUCCACGAGCUGCAUGUCCAGCGCCACACGAAUGUCACCAUUCUCUUCGCGGACAUUGUCAACUUCACGCCCCUUUCAAGUUCUUUGACAGCCAGCGACUUGGUCAAGACCCUCAACGAUCUCUUUGGACGAUUCGACCAAAUAGCUCAGGAGAACCAGUGCCUGCGCAUCAAGAUCCUGGGGGACUGUUAUUACUGCGUGUCGGGACUUCCCAUUUCCCGGCCCCAACAUGCAACCAAUUGCGUCAACAUGGGCCUGCAGAUGAUCGACGCCAUCAGACACGUGCGUGAGGCGACCGGCAUAAAUGUUGACAUGCGAAUUGGCAUCCACACUGGCAACGUUCUCUGCGGCGUCCUUGGCCUACGAAAGUGGCAAUUUGAUGUUUGGAGCGACGAUGUUACAUUGGCCAACCACAUGGAGAGUGGCGGUGUCGCCGGGCGAGUCCACAUCACGAAACAAACUCUGGACUUCCUGGGCGAGAAAUUCGAGGUGGAGCAGGGCGAGGGCGGAAAUCGGGAUGCGUAUCUGGCGGAUCACAAGAUAGAAACGUAUCUCAUAGUGCCACCAAAGCCGGCGUACACCUACAGCGUUCCGCGAGUGGUGGAAUGCAUUGAGCACAACGAUCCCAGUUCCACGGAGGAGGUCAAGGAAAUUAAGGAGAAUCAGAACUCCAAUGAUGCAGCUGAUGUUACGGAUAAUCUACUUCCGGUUACGGUGGAUCCACCUCCACUUACAGUCGACGAAAAGAUGUCGCCCACUUCAACGAAUAGUCAGGAGGCUCCGCUGCACGCUCCCCUCGUCUCCACUGCCUCGAUGUCGAUCAAGGAACUCUCCGAGGAGGAGGACGAGGCCGAUGAGGAAACCGCCGUCACCGAACCGCUGAUGGCCAAGGAUCAGGACAAAAAGGACCUGGAACCGGAGAUCAAGGCCAAUGGCAACCAUCGUGGCAGCGGUGAUUCCGCCGUCUCGGAAUCGGCUGCCAAAUCAGCGGCACUUUCCCUGCCCGCCGAGGAUCUUCUGAGCAUGAGCGGUUCGGAGAGCGGUAUCUCCAACAGCGGAACCCCGGCUCCGUCCUCGAAUGCUGCGAGUGUCACGCCCACCGCAGCCGCCUCCGCCGGAGGAGCGGCCUCCACCACAAACAGCCUCACGGUCGCCGAGGCUCCGGAAAGAUCUCGAAGGAAGUUGUCCGUGCAAGGUCUGAUGUCCUUCGCCGACAGACGCCGCUCCUCAGGAGCCUUCAUCGAAGGACGAAAGCUGUCCAUCCACAGCGGAGAAAGUUUCCGCAGUCAUGCGGGUCAUGUCACACGCAAUCGUCCCUCAUCGAAGAUGACCAAAUAUGUGGAGUGCUGGGGAGCAGAUCGACCCUUUGCCAACAUUGCCGAAUCCAAGCUAGUGAAGAACAUCGGACUGGCGAGCAUCGCCAUGAUUGAAUCGAAUUUACUGCCGCCGGAGCGUAAAUGUUUCAAUUUUAAUUUCUUCGGACCGCCGACGGAGCUGAAGCCGUUCACCAUGUGGUACCGCAACACGCCCCGGGAGGCGAUGUACCGCGCCCAGCCGGAUACGCACUUCCGGUUCGACCUGAUUUGCGCCUUCGUCCUCUUCCUGUCGCUGGCCAUCGUCCAGCUGAUUGUAAUCAAAUUGAACCUGGCCCUGCUCGGCUCCCUCUUGGCCAGCUUUAUAUCGCUGUCCCUGUUCCUCUACCUGAGCAACAUGUCCGUGCCGGAUGUCCAUGCCUCGUCGACGGAGCGAAACGGCCCCGGACAGGUGGUGGCCAGCAGUCGGUAUCUGCGACUCGCCAUGUUCGUCAUCGUCAACAUCCUCAUCUCGUCCUGUGCGGUCUUCAGUGUGAUCAACUACACCGUGCCAGACGGGGUAAGCAGUGAGCCAUCGAAUGAAACAUUCAUAGCCAAUUUCUCGAUGGAGUUCUUUAACGGCACUCAGGAGGAAAUGCAGCCGUGGGAAAUUGCAAAUGCCAUACCGAUUGCACCAGUAUUCCUAUAUUGUUGUGCCAUCAGUCUGGCGGCCAUUUCAGCCUUUCUGCGAUCUGGUUUUAUCCUAAAGCUAAUUGCAAUGUUGGUGGCCGUGAUCGCACAGGUUACCGUACUCGGAUACAGCGAUCUUUUUGUGCAGUACAACCAACUAAACAUCGAAUAUGGAUUGCGCUUGGAGGUUAAGGGAUUCCUGUUGCUCCUGGUAAUCAUUCUGGUGCUGCACACUUUGGAUCGUCAGGGUGAAUAUGUGGCACGAACGGAUUUCCUGUGGAAGGCCAAGCUGAAGGUCGAACAGGAGGAGGUGGAAACAAUGCGUGGCAUAAACAAGAUCCUGCUGGAGAACAUCCUGCCGGCCCACGUGGCCACCCACUUCCUGCACCUGGAACGCUCCACGGAGCUCUACCACGAGAGCUACUCCUGCGUGGCAGUCAUGUUCGCCUCCAUUCCCAACUACAAGGAGUUCUACGACGAGACCGAUGUCAACAAACAGGGACUCGAGUGCCUGCGAUUGUUGAACGAAAUCAUUUGUGAUUUCGAUAAGUUGCUAUUAAAACCAAAGUUCAGUGGAAUUGAGAAGAUUAAGACCAUAGCCAGCACCUAUAUGUGUGCAUCGGGUUUAAGGCCCGGAAAAGAAGACGGCGCCACGUCACGAAGCUUUGCGGACGAGAAGCGAACGGAGGAGCACAACGUGGUCAUAUUGGUCGAGUUUGCGAUUGCUUUGAUGUCCAUAUUGGAUUCGAUUAACCGGGAGUCCUUCCAACGCUUCCGUCUCCGCAUAGGACUCAAUCAUGGACCCGUGAUUGCCGGCGUGAUUGGCGCCCAGAAGCCACAAUACGAUAUCUGGAGCAAUACGGUUAAUGUGGCCUCACGCAUGGACUCAUGUGGCGUCAUGGGUCGACUUCAGACGACGGAAAACACGGCAAAGAUAUUGAUGGCAGCCGGUUACGAGUGCGAAUGCCGAGGCCUCACCUACGUGAAGGGCAAAGGCAAUCUAGUCACCUACUUUGUAAAGACACCUUUCGAUGGGAAAUUGUAAAUCACCCAAUUGCUGUUGAUACUAUUUAAUGGAUAUUUAUGAUCAUGUACACGUAGCAUAGGCCAAAAGUCACUUCAAAGCAUCUUCUUAUUUAUUUUGAGCUUUUCAUUUUAGUUGUAAUGAAUUUGCCAGCAUUUAAAGUACGUUGCUCAUCAUACGCACAUGUUAAGUAUUUGUUAGCGAAAAUUUGUUUUUUAGUUAGCUAGUAGAAUUUAAAUGUUAUUGACUAUUUCGUACAAUUUGUUAGCUAAUCUUAUGCGUAGCCAUCACUUAAACAGCGAAUAAUUAUAUACGAUUCGAAUUAAUGUUAUGAUAGACAAAGAAAUGCAAAUUAUCCCACCCUAGCCCAAAAAUUACCCAUCAAAUAAAUACGAGUAAAUACAUAGCCAAAAA